AUGCCGCCGCCCAGCCAGCACCUGCUGCUCUCGCCCGCCGAGCUCGCCUACAUCCACUCCUCGCUGUCCCUCGACCCGCCCGUCCGCCCCGACGGCCGCAGUCCCACCCAAUUCCGCCCGCUCGUCGCCGAAACCGACAUCCUCCCCGGCGCAAACGGCAGCGCAAGAAUAUGCUUCGCCGACGGCACUGAAGCCAUUGUGGGCGCAAAGGCCGAGGUGGAGAAGAGCGUGUGGAAGCCGGGCCAGCAUGAAGUCGAGCUUGCCGACGCCGAAAUGGCCGGCGACGACGGCGACGACGGCGCCGCCGCCCGCCGCUCGAAAGGCAUGGGCGAGAACGCGUGGGUGGAAAUGAGCGUCGAGAUCCCCGGCUACCGCGACGACGACCCAUUGCCCGUCUUCCUGGCCGCCAUGUUGACCGAAGCACUGCUGGCAGACGGCCAAUUGCGGGACCGUCUGUUCAUCAACCGCCGCUUCCACUGGAAGCUCUACGUCGACAUCCUCCUCCUCUCCCCGCCGCUCUCCUACCCUCUCCCCCUCCUCUCCCUAACCACCCACCUCGCCCUCCUCUCCACCCGCCUCCCCCGCCUAAAAUCCGAGCAAGACGAAGACCCGCUCUUCGACGACGACUGGGCCGCCAGCACACCCCUCUACCCCCGCCGGCACGCCGCCAACACCGCCAACACCGCCGCCGCCCCCAUGAACCGCCCGCCCAUCACCCUCCUCGUCGUCGCCGUCGGCCCCAACAUCAUAUUCGACCCCUCCAAGGAAGAGCUCGCCGUCGCCGAAGCCGUCAUGGCCCUCUCCGUCGGCGAGCAGCAGCGAACCGCAACAAAAGACGACGCCAACAGCAAAAGCAAACCCUCUCUCCGCCUCCACGCCAUCCGCACCAUCGAUCCCCCCUCCCGCCUCACCCCGCCCGGCGUCCCCAACGCCCUCAACAGCGCCACCGGCGGCGUGGCGCCCACCUCCAGCGCAGAGGCCGUCGCCCUGCGCGAAGGGCUGCAGACACCCGGCGUGUGGACCCCGCCGCGCGGCGGCGUCAGGCGCGGCCUCGUCGCGCAGGUCAUCAAGCUGGCGACGCGGGAGGGCGGUGUGGCGGAGGAGGUGUUGGAGGCGUUGGAGGCGGUGGAGAAGUAA